UUCUUCUCCUCUCCACCAUACAUCGGCGUUGGGUUCGGCGGCGUCGAUCCGGCGGGAGACAGGGGAGCCGGAGAGGUUGUCUGGUCUCCUGUCAUCUCCGCUAGUCCAUGAUCUGUCGCCGCGAAGGCCGCCGGGUUUUGAUCCGGACGAGAUGAAGCUCUUGUUUCGCAGGCGACUUGGGACGGCUGGCCGUCCCCGAGUGGGCCGGUACGCCCACCAAGGCAUGGUCGGGUUCCUCACCACUUCGAGCUCCCGUGCACUACAUCGCCGCUACUUCAGCCUUUCUUCUCCAACUCCGACCGCCGCCGCUCGAUCUCCACCGCCGGUUGAUACACGACCUCUUCACGCACUACCCAGUCGUUGAGAGAAUGCAGCUCCGGAGGCACCCUGCCAAGACGCUGCCUAUUGAGCUCAAUGGAGAAGCCAUAGUGGACAGCCUUACUGAAAAUAAUAAGAAAAGGGUGUGGGCUAGCAGAAUGGUAAGGGAUGACGAACUGUACAUAAUACAGGUUCAAGGCAUUGUUGGCAUCAGUCUCCCAACUACGCUGGUCGUCAAGAAGUGCCAGAACGUGAACCUAGCACUACAAGUGGAUGACAAUGUCAAGCACCGCUACAUUUCAGAGAUGCUCCUGUUAGCCAGCAACUCUCACGACAACAUCAUCAAAGUCGUAGACAUCAUCCAGAGGGAAGAUGCCAAUGCCAUCAUGCUCGUUUAUGAGUAUCCGGUGAAUGGCAGCCUUCAACCCUGGCUGCACCAACAGAUGAAUGCUGUUCGGCCGCUGGGCUGGCCAGAGAGGAGGGUCAUUGCCAUUGGUGUGGCCAACGGGCUCUGCCACUUGCACCACAGAUGCAAAAAGCCGAUUAUCCACCACAACAUCAACUCCAACAACAUCUUGCUUGAUCAGAAUUUCAAGCCUGUGAUAGCCAGUUUUGACGCUGCACAGAUGAACAUGGCCGGGCUCGACCAACCGUUGCCAAUUGUGGGCCUGCCUCUAGGGAACUUUGGUUACUCAGCUCCAGAAUACGGGGUCGCAGCAAGCGAGCUGACGGAGAAGGUAGACAUUUACAGCUAUGGUGUGCUGCUACUGGAGCUCGUCACGGGGCGGAUGGCCAAUGUAGCUGGAGCGGAUGGUCAUUUGGCGACCUGGGCGCGGAACAACUUCACUAAGCUGAUGGCAAACCAACAGGAAAUGUUCCAGAGUGCCGUGGACCGGGACAUCCCAGAUCAAGCGCGGUACAUGAAGGAGAUGGCAACUGUGUUCAUGCUGGGUGUUGAUUGCACCGCUGUUGAUCCACAGAAAAGGCCGUCCAUGUGGAUGGCUCUCAAACGACUCCGCCGCGGCUACGGGCGCGGCCCAUUCCGUGGCCUCCUCACCUGCUAUCUGCUGUGAUGCUUGUUGUCUUUUCUAGAAAGAUCACGUCAUGAAUGAAUUGUUCAUAUGAUGACUCGGUUGAAUAAAUUUGUAGAUACAUCUCUGAGAACAUUUUGCUGUCGUGCCUUUUUCUGAGAACAUUUUGCUAU